GAAUAAAAAGAAUAAAAGUGAUCAGAAAAGACAAAAAAGAAGGAAAUUAUAUGAGAAGCAUUAAUUCCCGCCCAAAACUGAAUGAGGCGGGAACGAGUCGGGCGGGAAUCGAGUCACGCCACCACGUGAAACUGCACCACGUUGGCCGCCCACAGUCCGCCCACCCGUGCCUGUACACCAGCGUAGAGUCACCACCACUGGACAGACGGGUGUUGUGUGGAGUGCAGCUGAAGUCUCCGUCACUAAGGCCACAUCUUACAACACCAGCGUCCAGGGAGUGUGGCGAUGGCGGUGGUGGUGGUGUAAGUGUGUGUGUGUGUGUGUGUAGUGUGCUGGUGUAUCUCGGUGCCAGCGUCACCAUGAGGAGGAGGAGGGCGUGGAACAGAUAUGCACUGGAGCCACUGUCUGCUGUGGUGCCCCAUUUCAAAACAUCCACUGCAGGAGUGGUUCUGGAGGUGGUGAAGUUUGGUGGAGUAGCAAAAAGUAACAGAACUUACGACAUUUUGAAGGUUUCUGAUGGUUCCAUUGCCAAGUGAGGCAAAAACAGAACCA